AUGGAUUUCGAAGAACAAGCAGCUGGUCUCGAGUCAGCCUUGAUUCAAGUUCCCCAAGAACAAUCAUUACUAUCAAGAAAACAAGUACCGGUCAAAGAUGAGAUUGUGGAGGAAGUGAAGAAGCAGCUGUUGUUAGCAGGGCCACUUGUUGCAUCAAAUUUUUUGCUAUUUGGCAUGCAGCUUAUUUCAGUCAUGUAUGUUGGUCAUGUUGGAGAGCUGGCCCUCGCAGGUGCUUCCAUGGCCACUUCAUUUGCUUCGGUGACUGGUUUGAGCUUGACGAGAGGAAUGGGUAGCGCGUUAGACACGUUCUGUGGCCAGUCUUACGGAGCAAAACAGUAUCAUAUGCUUGGCAUACACAUGCAGAGGGCAAUGCUUGUUCUUCUUCUGGUAAACAUUCCCCUUGCAUUUGUAUGGGCCAAUACUGGCCACAUUCUUGAAUUCUUGGGUCAAGAUCCAGAAAUAUCAGCUGCUGCUGGCAACUAUGCUUGUUUCUUGAUACCUAGCCUUUUCACUUACGCAAUCCUAGAAUCGCAUGCCAGAUUCCUGCAAGCUCAAAACAAUGUGGUUCCUUUGAUUGUUAGCACAGGAGUUGCAACGCUUGUGCACUUGCUUAACUGUUGGGUUCUGGUAUACAAGACCAGCCUUGGAUACAGAGGCGCUGCUUUGGCAACCUCCGUCACGUAUUCAAUCAAUACAUUGUUAUUGGCUCUUUAUGUCAGAGUGUCUCCCUCUUGUAAGCUCACAUGGACUGGAUUCUCAAAGGAGGCCUUUCAUGGAAUUCCCAAUUUUUUAAAACUAUCAAUUCCUUCAGCUGUAAUGGUCAGCUUAGAAGUCUGGUCGUUCGAAAUGAUAGUGCUCUUAUCUGGUUUUCUUCCUAAUCCAAAGCUUGAAACCUCAGCCCUCUCAAUCAGCUUUAACACAUGUUUAAUGGUCUACAUGAUUCCUCUGGCUUUCAGUGGUACAGUAAGCACAAGAGUUUCAAAUCAAUUGGGAGCUGGGCAACCACGAAUGGUGUGUAUAGCAAUAUGCGUUGCACUAUCCAUUGUUGUUACUGAAGGCAUUGUGGCUGCUGCUGUCAUGAUAUUGGCUCGAAACGUUUGGGGUUACUGUUACAGCAGUGAAAAAGAGGUUGUGAAGUAUGUUGGAGAAAUGUUGAUUUUUGUCGCCCUAUCCCACUUUUUUGAUGGACCUCAAUCUGUUCUUUCAGGUGUCAUAAGAGGAAGUGGGCAGCAAAAGAUUGGGGUAUAUGUUAAUCUGGGAGCCUAUUAUCUUAUAGGAAUUCCUACUGCAGUCUUAUUAGCUUUUGUGCAGCACAUUGGAGGGAAGGGUCUUUGGAUUGGAAUUAUUAUGGCGCUAUUUGUGCAAGCACUAUCUCUUGCAAUCAUAGUCAUAUGCACAGAUUGGGAGAAAGAAGUGAAGAAAGCUUCUGAUAGCGUGUUCAACAGAGUGACCGUGGCUGAGUCGUCAAGCUGA